CCUGCCUGACCACGUUCUCUUCAGAUGGACCCCGUAGUUGUUCUAGAAGGUCAAGCAAAAGCAUGGCUUCCACUGCGCGGAGCGUAUGCACGGCGAUAUGCUCCUUGAGAGCAUUUGGAGGAAAAAACCAUCGCUUUCUCUCUACAUCUUUACUGCGACUGGCAGCAGGAGGAGAAAGUGAUCAGCCACCUAAAUUCAUGCCACCUACGAAACCCGUCAUUCUCGACAGCGCUCACAAGCUACCGGUCCGCAGAUUCCUGAGCCCCGAAUUCAUCCCGCCUCGGCAGAGAACAAAUCCACUGAAAUUUGCUCUUGAAAGGAAAGACAUGGUAAAACGACGAACGACGCUGAACAUUCCUGAAUUUUAUGUUGGAAGCAUUUUAGCGGUGACCAUGUGGGACCCACACGCCAGUGAAAAAACCAACCGCUUUGUGGGUAUAUGUAUCCAGAGAUCGGGCAAGGGCCUAGGAGCCACUUUCGUCCUCCGAAACAUUAUUGAUGGUCAAGGUGUGGAGAUCUGCUUUGAACUCUACAACCCCCGCAUACAGCAGGUGGAGGUUUUGAAGCUGGAGAAGAGGCUGGAUGACAAUCUCUUGUACCUCCGAGAUGCCCUGCCUGAGUAUAGCACAGUGGACAUAAACAUGAAGCCUGUACCCUCUUCCAUUAGUGGGGAGGUGGCUCUCAAUCAACUGAAAGUGAAGAUGAAGCCAAAGCCUUGGUCCAAGCGCUGGGAAAGGCCCAAAUACAAGGUCCAGGGCAUCCGAUUUGACCUGUGCCUCUCUCUAGAGAAGAUGGAAGAGGCCCAGAAAUGGGCUCAACCCUGGCUGGAGUUUGACAUGCUCAAGGAGUAUGACACCACCUCCUUGGAGGAGAGCCUCAGGCAGGAGUUGCAGGAGGAGGCAAGCAAGUGAGCUACGCCUUACGUGCAGGGUCACAGCAGGUCACAGCAGGUUUUUGUCAGAAAGAGGGUCAUCUAGGCUGGGCUCAGCAGUUAUUGGGUUCUCCCUGAUGUUUCCUUUAUAAUCGGGAAUAAUGGUUUUGAGACCCUAAAUGUCUCAACCAGAAGCGAAGGACUUGGGUAUGUAAUAAGAGGGCACAUAGAGUUUUUUCCCUCUUGACAGAUGAUGGCACAUGACGAUGUUCAGAAAUAAAGCAAAAUGCUUGUGGACCAAGAGACAUUUUAUAUUUCAAUCUGUAAUUUUGUUUGUAUUUUUGUGAUUGAAUUUUGAUUGCAUUUGGGGUCUGAAAAAUCAGUAUUCCGUAAUUAAUUAGUGAAAUUCACAUCCCUACAUGGGCCAGUAACUGCCAUUAUAAGGCUAGCCGGUUGUUAGAUACUUCUGUAAAAAUAUAAAAUGCCUUCAUCGCAUACAAAAACUGACAGAGCCAAAAUUGAAUGUCACUAGCGUUCCGAUUUGGAAAGUUAUGAUGGAAUUGUUCAAUCCAAAAAUGACGGCAAGCACAAGAAGGGAAAUGAACUUCUUUUUUUGCUUAACUGAAAAUCUUGGUUAAUGAAACUAACUAAAAAUGUUUUUUAACUAUGACGCCCUUAGGGUGGACUCAAAAUCUGAGAAUAUAUCAACCCCUGCUUUCUGGAUUGAAGAGUCAGAGGACUGGACUGAUUGUGGUGUUUUGUGUUUUAAUAAAUUGCACUGGUUAUGUUUGAGCCACAAAAUA